AUGCCUCCUCGCCAGCGAAUCGCAGUGUUUGAAGAUGUGAGUGAAGUGGUUAAGAGAUCUCGGUUGGCCGAAUCUAGCAGUGCUUCUGGGGUAGUUGAACGGUGGAUCCGGAGUGGUACGUCCACAAGAGUAAGUUCUAGUGCAGCUUCUGUGCCGGUACUCCGUGAUGUAAGAGAGUAUGGAAGGAUAGAGGUUCAUCAUCCGACGGUAGGGUCAUCUCAAGAGAGGGUGCUCACCUUAAAUGAAGUCCGAACAAGUGACAGUGGCGUAGUAGUGGGAACCUUCCUCGUGCAAUCUGUGCCAGCAACAGUCUUGUUUGAUUUAGGGGCAUCUAACUCGUUUAUAUCACCCGGCCUCGUGAAGAAGUUGGGCUUAUCUGGGGGCGCGGGAGUGAGGUUUAAUGUGAAGGUAGCGUCAGGAGAAGUUAGGGUGUGUGACCGUCUUUUUGAGGGCAUCAAGAUUUGUAUCAAAGGAGAAGAGUUUCUGAGCGAUCUAAUCCAGUACGACUUGGACGGGAUGGAUGUGGUCCUAGGUAUGGACUGGUUGGGGCAGUUUAGAGCCCAAAUCUUGUGCAAAGAUCAGAAGAUAGUGCUACGAGGACCCAGCGAGAAGAGAGUGUCAUACCGUGGAAAGAUGGAAGAACCCGGAAUUAAGUUGGUGUCUAUGGUAAAGAUGAAGAGGUACAAGGACAAGGGCAAUGAUGUGUACUAG